CUUGGUUUUGGGGGCCAGGAUGACCAUCGGACUGGAUGCGCUACCGGACGCCAUCAUCGCGGUCGCACCCCGGUCUGGUUUCCUUUCGGAUCCGCCUCUCUGUGUUCCUGCUCCGGUUCCUCCAGCUGAGGAUCAGAGCCCGGCGAGAUGGAUGAUAUCAAUUUACACUACAGAUUCCUAAACUGGCGGCGCAGGAUCAGAGAAAUUAGGGAAGUUCGUGCUGUUCGUUAUCAAGAGCGAUACAAACGAAUGCUGAAGAACGGAGACACGCUAAGUUACCAAGGGAACUCUGAUGAAGUUGGCUGCUAUGUGGCUCCACGCCCCUUAUCAAAAGGAAACUGUUACUUUGAGGUGACCAUCAUGGAUACUGGAGUGAGGGGAACAAUCGCCGUCGGUCUGGUUCCUCAGUAUUACAAACUUGACCAACAGCCGGGCUGGCUUCCACACUCAAUUGCUUAUCAUGCUGAUGAUGGGAAGCUGUACAAUGGCAACCCGGUCGGUCAGCAGUUUGGGCCUAAGUGUAACCGCGGCGACCGAAUCGGUUGUGGUAUCUAUGCAGACACUUUUGAUGCAGGCCUUGUCACUGUGUUUUUUACCAAGAAUGGAAAGGAAGUGGGGUCAGUGGUGGUCCCAGUGGCUCCAGAUGGGCUGUUUCCUGCUAUUGGCAUGCAUUCUCUGGGUGAGGAGGUUCGGCUUGACCUGCAGGCAGAGUGGGGUUCAGAGGAGGAAGACAGUGUCAUGAUGGUGGACAGCCAUGAAGAUGAAUGGGCUCGCCUUUAUGAUGUCAGAGUCAGUGGCACGCUCCUGGAGUAUGUUGGAAAAGGAAAGAGCAUCAUGGAUGUGGGUCUGGCUCAGGCUCGGCAGCCCCUCACCACACGGAGUCACUACUUUGAAGUGGAGAUCGUGGAUCCCGGAGAGAAGUGUUACAUCGCCCUGGGCCUGGCAAGAAGAGAUUAUCCAAAGAACCGGCAUCCGGGCUGGAGUCGAGGUUCUGUUGCCUAUCAUGCAGAUGAUGGGAAGAUCUUUCAUGGCAGUGGAGUUGGAGACCAGUUUGGGCCACGCUGUUUCGAAGGCGACAUCAUGGGCUGUGGAAUAAUGUUUCCCAGGGACUACAUGCUGGACUUUGAAGAUGAAAUCGAUGACUGGGAUGCUGCAGACGUACGACCGAAGCAGGGCCGCGUCGAAAAUUUAUUGUAUUUGAACGACGAAGAUGAAGAAGAAGGAGAUGACCCAGAACAAGAACACGAUGGCCGGAAAGUUAUGGUAUUUUUUACCCGGAACGGCAAGAUCAUCGGCAGGAGGGAGGUGGUGGUUCCGGCCGGAGGAUUUUACCCCACUAUCGGUAUGCUCAGCAGUGGGGAGAAGGUAAAGGUGGACCUCCAUCCUCUCAGCGGAUAACCUACUAGAAACCACUUCAUAUCUAAAUCAUCGCCGUCAGCCAAUCACCUUCAACCGGACUAACAAAGCUGAAGUUUAAGGACAGAGAAGUGCAAGACUUAUUUUUGUAUGAAAGUCCACAUAUUUUGCGUUUGAGGAAGCACUUAAAAUAUUAACACGUAACCUCGGUGCAUGACUUAAACCUCUUUACUGUUCGCUUUCUUAACGGUUUACUGUGAAACCAUAAGGCGGUUAUGGUAUGGACAUAUUUAAAACAUCAGGCCUCAAAACAGCCUGAUGACAGAAAUAUUUACAUUGUAUGAGCUAAAGUUUAUUCAAAAAUAUCAACUAUAUAUUUUUAAUCUACGUGUACAUAUGUAAAGGUAUGUAUUGGCUGCUACAAAAACUGUAGUGAAUAAUCGACGACAAGGCAGAAAACGGCUACUCUUGAUUUUUUUUUCAUCUGGGUCGAGUUCAGUAUCGCACCCGAUCUCUCAUACUUGACCGUAUGUCACAAUUUUCCACAAACACUUCCUUUGAUGAAUCACACGGAUGAAUCUUGAUGUUCAUGACAGCGUGUUAUGGUCAUGUUUUACUUCGUCCUGAAUGUCACAUUUAAUCAAGUGCCACUUUUGCUAUUAUUUCUGUCGGUGCCAAUAAACAGCACGGAGAAUUUGCUAAUAGUGAUGUCCGUGAAUUGUCUCCAGAUGUAUAUCUUACGCUGUCGUCUGUCAUUAGGUACAUUGCAAUAAAAAGAGCGAACGAGUACAAACUCAAUAGGCUUGUUUGAGUUUUAUAAAUAAAUCCAUAUAUAAAUGCAGCUUAACAAAGCAAUUCAUCUUCUGUAUUUAGUUACCUUGGGUUUUCUCAUCUCACAGAUAUUUUAUCAGAUUUUGCAAGCACACAUUUGAUUUAGUUUUGAAACAUUGAGCUGUUUAUACAGACGUCGUCUGCUGUAAUGUGAACUAGUCCGGUUCACGAAUACCACAAGCACUUUAAAGAUGGGAGUGAUGGGCGAGCGGUUAUAAACCUGCUGCCCUCCAAACGCUGGUUUGCACAGUUCACCGCUGCAAUAUCUGUCCUUUUACAUAUCUUUGCCAAAUCUACUUUUGUCCCCUUCAAUACAGGUUAUCUGAAAUGUCUUCAUAUACAUUGCAUUUGCAUAUCUGUUAAUUGAUUAUAUUAUUAAACUGUUCUCUGUA